AUGGAUGCAGACAAUUGUAGUAAUGCACUCAUUUUGUAUGAGGCUGCUAUAAGUGAAAUCGAACGACGUUUGAAUGAGGUAAAACGUGUUGAACAGUUGUCUACAGCAGUAAUUAAGCUGCGUUUAGGGUCCCUUCAGAAAGCAGCUGAUUCACUACACACAGCCGCUUCUGAAUAUUAUAAAGAGAUUAAGGGUCGAGAAUUAGUAAAUGCUAUAACGAGGACUAACGGUUACCUCUCUAGCGCGGACAACGAAAUCUCCAAACUCACCGAUCGGUUAGCAGCACCCACACCCGCGCCCACACCUGUUAAUCCGACACCUGCGGUACCUGCUACCCCUAGUAUUCCGCAACCUAAGUUGCCUCAAAUUACGAUACCUACUUUUGAUGGCAAAAUUGAGCAAUGGUAUCCUUUUUGGACUGUUUUUAAAGCAGUUAUUCAUGAUAGGCAGGACAUGAAUGAUGUCAUCAAGUUUACUAUGCUGACUAGUUAUCUUAAGGGUAAAGCACGCGAAACCGUUGAGGGUUUAGCUAUAACUCCAGCUAAUUAUACUGCAGCGAUAAACUUACUGAAAACUCGUUUUUCCAACGUUGGGAAAUUAGAAGAGAACUUAAGAAAUCGGCUGUUAAGUUUACCGCACCCUGAGCAUGAUGCAGAGCAACUAAUGGAUUUCCUCAUGAAAUGGAAUAGCAUCGUUCAUCAGUUAGACGCUUUACCAGGUAUUACGAGCGGCGACUCUAAUGAGAAAGCAAUUAUCAAGCGGUGUUUAUCAAAGGAAACAUUGCAAGCCUUGUAUCAGAGAUAUGAUACUUGUGAACUCAGUAUAGAUCAAUUGAGAAAGGGCAUUGAGAAAUUAAUUGAGCGUUUAGGUAGAAGUAAUAUGCAUAACCCCACACCAUCACCGUCCAACCCAGUUAAGAGUGGCAAGGAUCGUAACACGAGUUCGAAAAACGAGCGUCAAGCUAAUUCGCCUAGUAGUGCUUUCAGAACUAAUGUCAAACAUACCCCUAAGAAAAUAACUUUUUCUUGUUGUUUUUGUCAAGGCGAACACAGCGGUAAGGUCUGCACGAAAUACAAUACUUUAGAGACUAGAAGAGCUCGUAUCAAUGAAUUACAACUAUGCUUUGGUUGUUUACGAAAGGGUCAUCGUUUAUUUGAAUGUAACAGUAAGAGUAAGGCAUAUUGUUUUAACUGUAAUGGUAAACAUCAUACAUUCUUAUGUGCUAGACUAUUACCUAAUGCUACGAGCGUCAAUGUAAAUUCGUCUCAGCAACCUUCUAGCACCAAAUCAGGUCAUAGUAGAGUUGAUAACAAGCCUACAGAAACUGCUCAAUCGCAGCCUAGUUUCAGUACUAGUCAGAAAUCAGCGGCUACGAGUAACCAGAGUAAUUCUCAGAAUAAUGUUAACAGUAAUCAAGUAACUGUGAAAAAUGUCGCAUCACUUCGACCGACAGCGUUACCGACAGCCACCCUUCUAUUGAGUAAUGAUGGGAAUCGGAUCCCGGUUCGAGCCUUUUUAGACAGCGGAUCUCAAAGAACGUUCAUUAACCCAGAUGUCGUUGAGAGAUUGAACUUAGUGCCCAUGAAACAAGUGGAACUUACAUUAAUUCCGUUUGGAGACAAUGUUGAAACCAAAAUGUUUGAUGUAGUCAGAGUAAUGGUUCGAGCAGGUACUAAACGUAUCAAAUUAAAUGCUGUUGUUUGUAAUCAUGUUAACACUUCCAUACACACACCUGGUCUACACAACGUGUAUCUGCGAUUGCAAGAACGAGGUGUUAAACUGGCAGAUAAGAAUAUUGAAUCAGAUACCCUCAGUGAUAUAGGUUUGAUUAUUGGUGCUGAUUAUUAUAAUGCAUUUGUGUAUUGCCACGAUAAAUAUGAUGAUGUAUGUUUGCUUGGUAGCACCGCCGGUGCUGUUAUUUUUGGUCCUAUACCCAAUUGGGCUUUUAAUGUUAUCAGUGAUGAUGAAAAUGUAAGAUCUGUAAUAAGUACACAGAGUAUAGUUUGCUCGAGAGUCACUGCUUCUGUAAAUCCUCUUGACGGUGAGGAUAUUUCUAGACUGUGGUCAUUAGAUACGAUCGGCAUCGGGAAGGAUGCGCGAUCCUAUAACGAUCAAGCAGCGAUCGAACAUUUCAAUGAGACUAUUGUAAAGACUGAUAAUAAAUAUACAAUUGAUUUGCCAUUUAAGAGCGAUGCCAGACCCCCUACGGGUUAUAGAAAAGCCUUAGGUCAAUUAUAUUCACUUAAGAGAACCUUUCAGUCUAAACCAGUCAUGUUUGAUCAAUAUCAGUCUGUUUUAGAUGAGUAUGUUAAGUUAGGAUUUAUUGAGGAGGUAAAGUUAGAAGAUAACUCCCUGAUCGUUGAUGGCAUUAAUCAUUAUUUACAUCACCACCCCCCAGUUUUUAAGGAAUCUGCCUACGGACUCCAAUAG